CAGAGUUCGACCGGCGCUGUGUUCCGUUGUCGAGCUGCCUGAUUGCUGCCGCCGUUGGGGUUUUUUUUUUCCGAAGGAAGAUGGCCGCAGGUCCCCUUUCGGUGUCUUCAACCGCGUCAACAAACAACGAUGGCAUCCUCAUUGGUGACAAACUUUACUCCGAAGUGUACCUUACGAUCGACAACUCUCUCAUCCCCGAGGAAAGGCUCUCUCCGACACCGUCAAUGCUCGACGGCCUCGACCUCCACACGGAAACCGACCUACGCAUACUGGGAUGUGAGCUCAUUCAGUCGGCGGGAAUUCUUCUCCGUUUGCCGCAGGUGGCGAUGGCGACGGGGCAGGUGCUUUUUCAUCGUUUCUUUUACUCCAAGUCCUUCGUCAAGCAUAGUUUUGAGAUUGUUGCAAUGGCUUGUAUUACCUUGGCCUCCAAGAUUGAAGAAGCACCCAGGCGAUUACGAGAUGUCAUCAACGUUUUCCAUCACCUGAAGCAGAUCCGAGUCAAAAAGACUCCAAGUUCAUUGAUUCUUGAUCAGAACUACUUAAACACCAAAAAUCAAGUCAUCAAAGCUGAGCGCCGUGUUCUCAAGGAACUGGGCUUCUGUGUGCAUGUCAAGCAUCCGCACAAGAUAAUUGUCAUGUACUUGCAAGUCCUGGAGUGUGAAAAGAACCAAACGCUGGUCCAGACUGCCUGGAAUUACAUGAAUGACAGCUUGAGGACCAAUGUGUUUGUGAGGUUCCAAGCGGAGACCAUUGCCUGUGCUUGCAUAUUCCUUGCUGCCCGGGCUCUGCAGAUCCCCCUGCCCUCCAGACCUCAGUGGUACCUGCUGUUUGGACCAAGUGAUGAGGACAUUAAAGACGUCUGCAUCACCACCCUUAAACUCUACACAAGGAAGAAGCCCAACUACGAGCACCUGGAGAAGGAGGUGGACCGGAGGAAAGUGUUCUUGGCCGAAGCUAAGCUGAAGGCAAAAGGGCUGAAUCCGGAUGGCACCCCAGCAUUGGCCACUCUAGGGGGCUUCUCGCCUGCCUCGAAACCCUCUUCUCCAAAUGUGACCAAAGUUGAAGAGAAUUCCCCCAACAGCCAGACGGUCAAAGCAGUUAAGAAGGAGCCAGAUGGCCGCACUCAGAUUGCAAAGAGUCCACACAAUGGGAUGAGGAAGGAGGCGAAGAUGGGGCGGAACAGCAGGAGCGGCAGCCGCUCACGAUCCAGAACGCGUUCCCGGUCCAGAUCUCGCUCCCCUCGCAGACAUUACAACAGCAGGCGCAGUCGCUCGGGGACGUACAGUUCUCGCUCACGAUCCCACAGCCGGAGUCCCUCGCCUCGCAGACACCCCCCCUCGCCGCUCCUCCCCCAUCUCAAAUCAAAGUCCAGCCACCACGGCAACAGUGACUCCAAGAGCGGCGGACGCCACAACAAUAGCGGCAGCGGUCACAAGAGGAAACGUUCGCGCUCCCGCACGCCGCUCAAAGCGGAUAGGGAGCGGGACCGAGAGAGGGACAGGGACCGAGAUCGCGGAGCCUUCGACACGUCUUCGAAGAAACACAAACACGAGCGUGGCGCCGGACAUCGAGGAGACAGGAGAGAGAGGGAGCGGUCGCGCUCGUACGACAGGGAAAGGGAGCGAGGUCACAAGGGGAAACAUCACAGCGGCGGUGCCGGACAUUCAGGACACGGGAGACACAGACGCUGACCCCCUCACGGCAUGUCAACAAGACUUUUCCAAAUUGUAAAUAUUUUCAGCCAGCAUUGACCUUUGGCGUUUAUGCUUUGCUUUCUGGGUUUCCUAAAUGCAUUCAUCAUUUGACUCAAAUUAUGUCAUCACGAAACCAAUGUUCAUUUCCAUUAAUACAAUCGUGAUCACGAACAGAAAAUGGUCCUCGCGUGGUGGAAGUUUUUCUCGCCAGGAACCAUCAUGGGGUGUGUCAUGUCUUUUGUUCAUGUCGCAUAAUAUUUAGCCUCAGUGUGGGUGGUGUGUGAGGGCCCCCGACCGUGGCCAGGUGAAAUGUCACGUGACGUUCCCUCAGCUCCUGCUAGCCUGCUGUAUCUGGUUCACUUAAGUAGCAGUUAGGGCAAAGCAUCUAUUUACAGUGUAAAGUUGGAUUGAGAUCCACUUGUAUAAAGUCAAGGCUUUAAUUUUUUAAAGCGAGCUACACAGUGGAUAGCUAGGAUGAAAAUGUCAAAGCAUUCAGGAAAGUGCAGAAUCUUGCAGGUAUUUUUAUUUUUUUUUUCAGGGUUUACAUUUAGUUUUUCUUUGUUCACAUUUUCCAAAGAGCUGUUUUUGCUGUUGACCAGUUAAUAUUCUUUCCAUCACAAAAUGCAGACUUUAUUUGACAAUUUGCGACUGUCAACUGGUUACACUGGUUUUUAGUGUAAAAAUAAAUCAUGGCCAAAUUUUUAUUCAAUAAAUGAGUUAUAGCACUCA